GUUCCAAUCACUGGCUGGAUGUAAGUCACGUGGUGUGCUUAGACAACGGCAUCAACUUAUACCACUCACAUUCCCAGUCAGAUGACUCGUCGACAGAAGGCUCACUGAUACAGAGUGUCAUGCAGGAGCAGACGAUGGACAACAUCCCUGGCAAUGACGUCAAUGAUGAAGCUGCCUUAGCCUUUCUAAUGAGCCUCCUAGAAGCUGAUGCAGGUCUUGGUGGCCCAGUCGACUUCAAUGAUCUUCCUUGGCCAUUAUGA